AUGAAUAAUCAAGAAUCUCAAUCCAUUGUAAAUGGUCCAAAAAUCGACAUAGUUAAAGGCUGUGAAAUUCAGGCAGAGAGAUACAGAGCGUGCCUCUCAAGACCUUCAAAAAUUCCCAAAAAAUGUAAAAUUCAAGCAAAAGAAUACAUGCAGUGCAGAAUGGAAAAAGAAAUUCUCGAAGAUUUAGGAGAAGAUGGCUAUAGCUGGGAACAAGAUAAAAUUCCUUAUAGAAAUAUGACUAGUGAUCUUAUAAGAGAGCGGAUUAAUCAAAUCACAAAAGAAUCUGAAGAGCGUGUGCGCCAAAGUUAUAAUCAGCCAAAAAAUAAUUAA